AUGUUCCCAGCAACAAGAGCAUACCGCCACAUCCACGCAUCCCGUCUAUUCUCAUCAAUAUCCAUAUGGCCCAAACCUCAUCAACCCUCGCUCUCAUUGAGGCAUGGCGGGCUAGAGAAGCCAAAACCUGGUGAAGGAUUCAAAGUCACGUACAUCACACCAGAGAACGAGCACAUCACUGUCGAAUCUAAAGCUGGACAGAAUCUGCUUGAUCUCGCUCAUGCCAAUAAUAUUGAUUUGGAAGGUGCUUGUGAAUGCUCACUAGCUUGCUCAACAUGCCACGUAAUUGUCGACCAAAAGUACUAUGACAAGCUAGAAGAACCCUCAGAUGAGGAAAACGAUAUGCUGGAUUUGGCCUUUGCGCUUACUGACACUUCUCGACUGGGAUGUCAGAUCAAAAUGAGUCGUGAAUUGGACGGAAUGACGGUCCGAAUACCUUCCGCUACAAGGAAUCUUCAGCAAGAGAAACUGGCUGGAAAGUCUUCCUAG